AUGGCCCACGUUCAAUGCUUUCCCGUCUCCGUCCCACCCUCGCGAAUACCGCACUCCGCUACGUGUCCUCCGGAAAUGACGUAUUCUUCAGACCUAGAUUCGUCGGAGUUGGUACCACCGGAGUUCGUGUGUCCGCUGUCGCGCGCCAUCAUGCGCGACCCUGUCAUCGCGCCCACCGGCCAGUCGUACGACCGUGCGAGCCUUGACCACUUCCGCGCGCGCGGCGGUUGCUUCUGCCCCAAGACGGGGGCUGCACUCGCGGACUGCGCGCUCAUUCCCAACGACGCGCUCCGCCAGCUCAUUGCCGCCUGGUGCCUUUCUCACGCCACGCGCGUCCCUACCCCUCCUUCUCCCCCUCCUCCCCUUUUCUCCUCGUCGCCCCUCGGCCCCUCUCCCGCCGCCCUCCCUGCGCGCUCAGCGCCAGUCGUCAUCAACGGGCUCGCCUCUCCCCCGCGCUGCGCGCCCUCCUCGCCACUGCGGUCGCCCCUUUCUCCGCUUCAGCGCCGCCAUUCUUUCCAACCGAACCGCAGCGCCUCCGCUUGCAGGGGCCACGGUGACGAACUCCCGGCGCCAGACGCGGCGGGCUUGGCGAUUCCGCGGCACGUGAUAGGCGCGGGCAGCAGCGGCAGGUCUCUGUGUCGCACCAUCUCGCCUCUCUCCGAGACCGCAUCGCUCGACUGGGCCGCCGCUGGCAGCGCCGCUAGCAGCCCCUCCACGCCUCUCCACGCCUCCCGCCACCGCCACAAUCAGCAGCUCGCCGUCACGUCACAGGACGACGCAAAUGACGUGGCGUUCUGCUCGUACCUCUCCGCCAGCGCGUCGUUCUCCCGCCUGCAGCCGUCUAAUCCCAACUCGCCACAUGGCAGUCGCCGCCGCAGCAAGGACACGCCCGUGCGAGAUAUGCGGCCAUUCGUGGACGCACUGCAGGAUGCUGACGUGGCAGUGAGGCGGGUCGCCGCGGAGGCCAUCCACGUGGCAGUGAAGGAGGCGGAAGAGAACCGCACACGAUUGGUGCAGGCGGGUGGCGUGGCGCCGCUGCUGGCUGCGGCGCAGUGCGACGAUCAAGGCACGGCACAGAGCGCAUGCGCUGCCCUGCUGUACGUGUCACUGGCACGCGAGGGGGCGAGGGAGGUGGUGGCGCGCGGAGGCAUCCCCAUACUGGUAGACGUGCUGCGUCCCGCAGGAGAGGUGGGCGGGCAGGGAGAGGCGGCUGAAGCCACCAAGGCCAACGCAGCUGCGGCGCUCUUCACUCUGUCAUCCACCAAGGAGGAGCGCAAGCGCCUUGUGCGCUCUGCUGGUGCCAUGCCACACCUGGUGCACCUGGUGCAGACGGCACACACGCCCCGAGCGCUCAAGGAUGGGUGCCUGGCGCUGUACGGGCUGGUGGGGUUGCAGCAGGCGGCAGAGCAGGCAGUGGCGCUGGGAGUGGUGACGGUGGUGGUGGGUCUGCUGGAGAGGCAUGGCGAGGGCGUGGAGGAGAAGGCAGCGUCGCUGCUGGCCGUGCUGGCUCGCUGCGAGGUGGGUGUGGCAGCCAUUGUGAACGAUGAGGAUGCGCUGCCUGUGCUGGUGGAUGUGAUGGAAGGCAGCUCGCAGCAUGCUGCUGACAAGGCAGCGUGCACUCUGCUGGCCGUGGCACGGCAUGGUGGGGAUGCCAUGGCUCGGAGAAUAAUGGCCGAAGGGUGCCUGCCUCCACUGGCCAAGCUUGCAGCGAAAAGUCAGGCAAGCUCUGAUUCCCGUGCACUGUUGGACAUUCUUAGGAACUUGGGACAAUGCAACGAGUAG